GCGAGACUCCGUUUAAAUAAAUAAACAAACAACACACAAGCACAGCACCGAAGCGCAAUGGCGACGCUCAGGGCGGCCCGCAGACUCCAGUCCUGGGCCUCUCCCGGCCUCAGCCAACGCAGCUUCCCGACCCGGAACUUUCGUGGUGUGGGGCGAGAGUCUGUUCCCACUACCUGAGAGGGGAGGGUAAGAAAAGGACCACUUCCGGCGAAGGGCGGGAAAGACAGCGUCUUCCGGCGCGGCGGUUCCGGAUAGCCGUGCGCUUUUAGUAAAAGACUCGGGUUCGCGCGGCGAGAGCGGCUGCCCCGGGCCCUCUGGUUCUCAUCCCGCAGCGUCCGCUCCCCCGCGCCACUGCGCCGGGGAACCUCUGCGCCGCUCCCAGGAACCGUGUUCUCCGGGUCGCCGGCUUCUCUCCUGCCUCCGGUCCCGCCAGACACCUCGAGCUCCUUGAGUAGCUCGGUCCUUGAGGUCCCUCUGGGCCCUUCUCGCGUCUAAUGCCUGAGCCCUCGGGCACCUCUAGCCCUCUGUUCCCUCCCCUCUUUUGUUCCUCCCUAGAGCUCCGCCGCCCUCAGAGGCCCCCAGGGCUGACAGUGCGGACGGCGGGAGUUUCUUCUUUCCCCUGCUGGGAUUGACUGACCGAGGGUUUAGUGACUGCCCGGAUCUGGCUGAUCGGGGGACCGAGAGGUGGCCUGGGCCGGGUAUGUCCAGCUAGGGUCUUCCAUGGAAGUCAGACAUGAAACUGACAGGCCUAAGGAAAGCUAGGCAGCCCCCUCACCGCUCAGCCAGGGUGAUGGACUGGACUGACGGACUCCAGUGAAUUUGAGCUUGCCUGUCAGGCUGAUUGGUUGAUGGACAGCCCUGGACUGGCUCACUAAAACUAAGCAGCCCGGGCCCAAGCAGUUCUGGGGUCCUAACCUGGGUGGAAGGUCUGAAAUGACCCACCCAGGCUGACCAGACCAACCCACCUCACUGACCUCCUGACCCCUGACUUCAUCACCUGUGCAGCCAUGGAGAAGAUGUCCCGUGUGACCACAGCCCUGGGUGGCAGCGUGCUGACGGGUCGCACCAUGCAUUGCCACCUGGAUGCUCCCGCCAAUGCCAUCAGUGUGUGCCGUGACGCAGCCCAGGUGGUCGUGGCAGGCCGUAGCAUCUUCAAGAUCUAUGCCAUUGAGGAGGAACAGUUCGUGGAGAAGCUGAACCUGCGUGUGGGGCGUAAGCCUUCACUGAAUCUGAGCUGCGCUGACGUGGUGUGGCACCAGAUGGAUGAGAACCUGUUGGCCACAGCAGCCACCAAUGGUGUGGUGGUCACGUGGAACCUGGGCCGGCCGUCCCGCAACAAGCAGGACCAGCUGUUCACAGAACACAAGCGCACGGUGAACAAAGUCUGCUUCCACCCCACUGAAGCCCACGUGCUGCUCAGUGGCUCCCAGGAUGGCUUCAUGAAGUGCUUUGAUCUCCGCAGAAAGGACUCUGUCAGCACCUUCUCGGGCCAGUCUGAGAGCGUGCGGGACGUGCAGUUCAGUAUCCGGGACUACUUCACCUUUGCCUCCACCUUUGAGAAUGGCAACGUGCAGCUCUGGGACAUCCGGCGUCCCGACCGGUGCGAGAGGAUGUUCACAGCCCACAAUGGACCCGUCUUCUGCUGCGACUGGCACCCCGAGGAUAGGGGCUGGUUGGCCACAGGAGGGCGCGACAAGAUGGUGAAGGUCUGGGACAUGACCACACACCGUGCCAAGGAGAUGCACUGUGUGCAGACCAUCGCCUCGGUGGCCCGUGUCAAGUGGCGGCCUGAGUGCCGCCACCACCUGGCCACGUGCUCCAUGAUGGUGGACCACAACAUCUAUGUCUGGGAUGUGCGCCGGCCCUUCGUGCCAGCUGCCAUGUUUGAGGAGCACCGAGAUGUCACUACAGGAAUCGCCUGGCGCCACCCCCACGAUCCCUCCUUCCUGCUGUCUGGCUCCAAGGACAGCUCACUGUGCCAGCACCUGUUCCGCGAUGCCAGCCAGCCCGUCGAGCGUGCCAACCCCGAGGGCCUCUGCUAUGGCCUCUUCGGGGACCUGGCCUUCGCCGCCAAGGAAAGCCUAGUGGCUGCCGAGUCGGGGCGCAAGCCCUACACUGGCGACCGGCGCCACCCCAUCUUCUUUAAGCGCAAGCUGGACCCUGCCGAGCCCUUCGCAGGCCUGGCCUCCAGCGCCCUCAGUGUCUUUGAGACAGAGCCGGGUGGCGGCGGCAUGCGCUGGUUUGUAGACACAGCUGAGCGUUAUGCGCUGGCUGGCCGGCCACUGGCAGAGCUCUGUGACCACAACGCAAAGGUGGCUCGAGAGCUUGGCCGCAACCAGGUGGCGCAAACAUGGACCAUGCUGCGGAUCAUCUACUGCAGCCCUGGCCUGGUCCCCACUGCGAACCUCAACCACAGCGUGGGCAAGGGUGGCUCCUGUGGCCUGCCCCUCAUGAACAGUUUCAACCUGAAGGAUAUGGCCCCAGGGUUGGGCAGUGAGACGCGGCUGGACCGCAGCAAAGGAGACACACGGAGCGAUACAGUUCUGCUCGACUCCUCCGCCACACUCAUCACCAACGAGGAUAAUGAGGAAACCGAGGGGAGCGACGUACCUGCCGACUACCUGCUGGGUGAUGUGGAGGGUGAGGAGGACGAGCUGUACCUGCUGGAUCCAGAACACACGCACCCCGAGGAGCCUGAGUGUGUGCUGCCGCAGGAGGCCUUUCCACUGCGCCACGAGAUCGUGGACACGCCUCCCGGGCCCGAGCACCUGCAGGACAAGGCCGACUCCCCGCACGUGAGCGGCAGCGAGGCGGAUGUGGCCUCCCUGGCCCCCGUGGACUCCUCUUUCUCGCUCCUGUCUGUCUCACACGCACUUUACGAUAGCCGCCUGCCACCUGACUUCUUCAGCGUGCUGGUGCGCGACAUGCUGCAUUUCUACGCUGAGCAGGGCGACGUGCAGAUGGCUGUGUCUGUGCUCAUUAUCCUGGGUGAACGGGUGCGCAAGGACAUCGACGAGCAGACCCAGGAGCACUGGUACACUUCCUACAUCGACCUACUGCAGCGCUUCCGCCUCUGGAACGUGUCCAACGAGGUGGUCAAGCUGAGCACUAGCCGCGCCGUCAGCUGCCUCAACCAGGCCUCCACCACCCUGCACGUCAACUGCAGCCACUGCAAGCGGCCCAUGAGCAACCGGGGCUGGGUCUGCGACAGGUGCCACCGCUGCGCCAGCAUGUGUGCCGUCUGCCACCACGUGGUCAAGGGUCUGUUCGUGUGGUGCCAGGGCUGCAGCCACGGCGGCCACCUGCAGCACAUCAUGAAAUGGCUGGAAGGCAGCUCCCACUGUCCCGCGGGCUGCGGCCACCUCUGCGAGUACUCCUGAUGGGGCAUCUGCUGGGCUUGCCUGGGGCCCGGGGACCUGACUGCUCGGCCGACCGCGUGCAGAACCCCGCCUGGUCUUGUGCCCGAGACGGGCGGAGGCCGAGACCCCAAUAAAGGAAGUGGAGCCGCUGUCAGCACUGCGUGUCACCCCAUCGCGAGGCGGGCCCGCCGUAUGCCCGCGGUGCUGCUGGCGGGCGGGGACUUUCGGCGCUGUCGCCAUGGUAACCGGCGGCGCCAAUAGUCGCUCUCGGGCGGUCUUCCCAGCGUUCCUGUAGAUGCCACUUCCGGGGCGGGCCCAAGAGGUCACUUCCGGGGUCCGUCCCGGCUGCCGGCCGUUGCCACGACGACGAAGCUGCCGGCCAAUGGCUGGCGGACGGGCCCGAGGUUCCCGGCGUGCAGUGCGGCUGUCUGAGGGCGGCGGGCUCAUGGCGCGGGCGUCGCGGCUGCUCGCGCUCUGGGCGUUGGCGGCUGUGGCUCUACCCGGCUCCGGGGAGGAGGGCGACGGCGGGUGGUACGCCUUCGUCAGGCCCGUCAUCCUGCAGGGACUCACGGACAACUCGAGGUUCCGGGCCCUGUGCUCCCGCGAAAAGUUGCUGGCCUCGUUUGGGGACAGAGUGGUCCGCCUGAGCACCGCCAACACCUACUCCUACCAGAAAGUGGACUUGCCCUUCCAGGAGUAUGUGGAGCAGCUGCUGCACCCUCAGGACCCCACCUCCCUAGGCAAUGGUGAGUCAGUCCGAGGUGGCGGUAGGGGGUGGGGACGCUUGGAGUUUCCAGGUGCCAGGAUCCCUGCCCCCACCGUCUCUACUGGCAGACACCCUGUACUUCUUCGGGGACAACAACUUCACCGAGUGGGCCUCUCUCUUUCGGCACUAUUCCCCACCCCCAUUUGGCCUGCUGGGAACCGCUCCAGCUUACAGCUUUGGAAUCGCAGGAGCUGGCUCGGGGGUGCCCUUCCACUGGCAUGGGCCUGGGUACUCAGAAGUGAUCUACGGCCGUAAGCGCUGGUUCCUCUACCCACCUGAGAAGACGCCAGAGUUCCACCCCAACAAGACCACGCUGGCCUGGCUCCGGGACACAUACCCAGCCCUGCCACCGUCUGCACGGCCCCUGGAGUGUACCAUCCAGGCUGGUGAGGUGCUGUACUUCCCUGACCGCUGGUGGCAUGCCACACUCAACCUUGACACCAGCGUCUUCAUCUCCACCUUCCUUGGCUAGCCAAAGCAGCUGGCAGGCAUGCCUGCCACACACCAGCACGUCCCACCUCGUGCUCACGGAUUUUAUUACACAGACAGUGGCGGCAGUGGCUUCAGCCCAACCCACCCUCACCUGCUUUUCCAACCCACAAAGGGGACAAUCACGGCCCAGCAAGAGCUAUGCUGAGAGGGGGAAUAGUCCAGAGCCCAACAGCAGAACUUGGAAGGGGCCGGGGCGGCCAGCAACACAAACUAUGUACAGGGGUGGAGGGCUUCCGCCCAGGGCUCUCCUGGACCAGGAUGCCGGGCAGGGCAAGGAAUCUCAGUAGUCCUCCACCCAGCCAUUCUCAGAGAUGAAUGCGUCAAUAACUUCCUUCAUGGCCAGGUUGGGGAUGAGCUGUUCCUGGGUCAGGGGGCUCCGGGUCACGGGGUCAAAAUGACCCACGCGCUGCAGUGACAAGAAGGGCAGAGGGCAGUCAGUGGGCCCAGGACCAUGCUGCUGGCCCUGCUCCCCCAGCCGCAGCCUCACCUGCAGGUGCUCCUCGAUGUCCUUGCGGUCGUAGGUGAUGCCACUGGGCGUGAUGCACGGCUCCCGCAUCAGCUCAAAGCUGAUCUUACCACACAGGUAGUCGGGGAUGUCACGCUUCUGUGGCACAGGGGCACAUGAUCAGAGGCUGGGAAGGGGCACUGCUCCAGCACCUGCCACCCACUGCGGCAAGCAACACUCACCUUCCUCUUCUCGUCCACCUGAGAGAAGAGCUCGUCCAUGUCCGCCAUGUACUUGUCCUGUGAAGAGUUGAGCGCUGCACUUGUGCAGGACACCCCACCUCCCUCCUCCAUGGGGCACAGACCCAACACAAGGUUGGGACGCUCCCAUGCCAGGUGCACACAGACCCACAUGUGGACGGGGGGCACCCUCACGUGCUUAGCCUCAAUGCAGGCCUGCUGGGCCCGGACGUGGCUGUCGUCCUCAUCACCCUCGUGGUUCCGCUGGCACUCUUCCAGCUCCCUGGGGGUUGACCAGGAGCCAGUAAGAGAUGGACAUGGACAGAUGUCUGACCACACCCCAACCUCAGGGCUAACAUUCAUGCUUCUUCCCCACGUUUUCUGCUUGCCAAUAAAGCCUUCAAUAAA